CAUGUGAUCAUGCGUUGAGUGGAAACUCACGAGAGUAACGAUAAGGGACGAGGGAUCAAAAAGCUUGAACCGUUUUCUGCCUUUUUCACUGGUAUUUUCCUCCGUCUGCAAAAGAUGCAACGAGUAUUUACCAGAAAGGCUGUGUUAUCUGUUCGAACAGCUGUCUAUCAUGGCAGACUCUUUUCAACAUCGUAUACAGCUUCUCAAAAGGUGCCUUUGAGUAAAUUUGAGCCAGACUCGCAUCUUAACUACCAGCACCUAGAAGACAAUAUAAGAAUAGUCCGUGAUAGGCUCAACAGACCAUUGACACUCUCUGAAAAAAUUCUUUAUUCCCAUUUGGAUGACCCAGCCAACCAGGAUAUAGAAAGAGGUGUAUCAUAUUUGAAGUUGAGGCCUGAUCGAGUUGCUAUGCAAGAUGCUACAGCUCAGAUGGCUAUGCUCCAGUUUAUCUCAAGUGGACUUCCUAAGGUGGCUGUUCCAACAACCAUUCACUGUGAUCACUUGAUAGAGGCAAAAGUGGGAGGUGAAGAGGAUUUGAAAAAAGCAGUGGAUGUCAACCAAGAGGUGUACAACUUCUUGGCAACAGCUUCAGCCAAGUAUGGUGUUGGCUUCUGGAAACCAGGCAGUGGAAUCAUCCAUCAAAUAGUUCUAGAAAAUUAUGGUUUUCCCGGAGUGCUGUUGAUUGGCACUGAUAGUCACACACCAAAUGGAGGUGGCCUUGGGGGUCUGUGUAUAGGUGUAGGCGGGGCUGAUGCUGUUGAUGUCAUGGCAGAUUUACCAUGGGAACUGAAGUGCCCCAAGGUGAUAGGAGUGAACCUGACUGGAGAACUCAAGGGUUGGACAUCUCCUAAAGACAUCAUCCUUAAAGUAGCUGGAAUCUUGACAGUCAAAGGAGGAACUGGUGCAAUUAUUGAAUAUUUUGGACCUGGGGUGGAUUCUAUCUCCUGUACAGGAAUGGGAACAAUUUGUAACAUGGGUGCAGAAAUUGGUGCCACAACAUCAGUAUUUCCAUACAAUCACCGCAUGGAGUCAUACCUGAAGGCAACUGGAAGAUCAGCAAUAGCUGACCUUGCCAACAAACAUGCUGAAUUUUUGAAAUCUGACAGCGGAGCAGACUAUGAUCAAGUUGUGGAGAUUGAUCUCAGUGAGCUUGAGCCACAUGUGAAUGGUCCCUAUACACCAGACUUGGCCCAUCCCAUUUCCAAACUUGGGUCAACAGCAAAACAGAGUGGCUGGCCCAUGGACAUCAAAGUUGGUCUGAUUGGAAGUUGCACCAAUAGUAGUUAUGAAGACAUGACAAGAGCUGCUAGUAUUGCAAAGCAAGCUCUUGAACAUGGACUUAAGUCCAGGUCAUUGUUCACAGUCACACCAGGUUCAGAACAAAUCCGUGCUACCAUUGAACGAGAUGGAAUUGCAGAGACAUUGAGAGAAUUUGGAGGAACAGUGUUGGCAAAUGCAUGUGGACCUUGCAUUGGACAGUGGAACAGACAAGAUAUCAAGAAAGGAGAACCAAACACAAUAGUGACAUCUUACAACCGAAAUUUCACAGGACGCAAUGAUGCAAACCCAGCAACUCAUGCAUUUGUUACUUCACCAGAGAUGGUGACAGCAAUGUCCAUCGCUGGUGACUUGAGUUUUAACCCUGAGACAGACACUUUAACAGGCGCAAACGGUGAAUCGUUUAAACUUGAAAAUCCCUAUGGUGAUGAACUGCCCAACAAGGGUUUUGAUCCUGGUGAGGAUACAUACCAGGCCCCUCCAGCUGAUAGUUCAUCUGUUGCCGUAGACGUUGAUCCUCAAAGCAACCGCCUUCAGCUUCUUACUCCUUUUGACAAAUGGGACGGGAAAGACCAUGAAGACAUGACGAUUUUGCUCAAGGUGAAAGGCAAGUGUACAACAGACCACAUCAGCGCGGCAGGUCCAUGGCUCAAGUACAGAGGGCAUUUGGAUAAUAUUUCAAACAACAUGUUUAUUGGAGCCAUCAACAGUGAGAAUGAAAAGGCUAACCAUGUAAAGAAUCUGCUGACUGGAGAGUAUGGAGCCGUGCCUGACACCGCAAGGGACUACAAGUCAAAAGGAGUAAAAUGGGUUGUAGUUGGAGAUGAAAACUACGGUGAAGGAAGCAGCAGGGAACAUGCUGCCCUAGAGCCAAGGCAUCUUGGCGGACGAGCUAUCAUAGUCAAGAGCUUUGCUCGUAUUCAUGAAACAAAUUUGAAGAAACAGGGACUUCUCCCGUUGACGUUUGCUAAUCCGUCAGAUUAUGACAAAGUUCAACCUGACGACAAGAUAUCUCUGCUUGGUUUGAACGACCUCGCACCUGGGAAGCCUGUGAAGACUGUGCUGAAACACACGGAUGGAAGCCAAGAUGAGAUCCAGCUGAAUCACACCAUGAAUGAGUCACAGCUUGAGUGGUUUCGAGCUGGCUCUGCACUCAAUAGAAUGGCCGAAUUGUCAAAGUAGGCUCCGUCAAGAAUGCGCUUCUGACUUACUAAUUUCAAGAUCGUCAGCUUUGUUUUGUAGCGCUUCGACGCGGAAAUUAUUGAAUGCAGUGACUGACGAAAUAAUCAAGAUCCUUUGGUGAAUGUCAUGUUAACAUUGUGUUGGUUUUCAAGAUAAAGCCAAAAUCUGGUCAAAAUCUUGGCAGUUUUCUGGAUGAUGUAUUCAAUGGAUAUUUUUUAACUCAUUUGCUAGUUCGUUCCUAACAGAACUAUCUUAUUCCAUGUAGAAAUUAAAAACGUUGAUUGAAAUCAAAUGUUAUUAAAGAAAGAAACUUUUUGACGCUG